AACAUGGCUCGUGAGCCGAUUGAAUGAAUAACGAAUUUUGCUGAAUAAGUACUUCAAUUUCUCGUAAUUGUCAUGAAUCGUAAAAGAUCUUUGCCACUGCCAGUGUCAGACUUGUAUCGUCGUAAGCGAAGAUUUGUUGCUCAGCCUCAGCAGCAGCUACAACAGCCGCAGCAAGAUGAAAAAGCCGUUGACAGUGAAGAUGGGCUGUGGAAUUCAGAAUUGCCAGACUCUUCGUUCCCAAAUGAUGCAGAGGCCACAAUGUUGUACCUUAAGGAUCUGUUUCCUGUGGAGAAGUUUCAAAGUCGUCUUCCGCCAAUCAUAGUCAAACACCAGCUCUACAGUAUGAUCACAAAUAGAACUCUAGCAGACAAACAGUUGGGUGAAUUGCGGACCAGGGGUGAUGUUCGUAUGUUCAAGAUGAGCACGUCUGAAGCUGACGAGUUUUGUUUGGUGUUUACUGAAGACUACAAAAGACACGUGAUCUUACACACUGUCAAGUCAGGAGCUAACUUGGCACUUGUUGAACGAUUUUUUGAUACUGUGAUAAAAGAAUGUCCAGAUAUUAGUUUUGAUAAACAGAAGUUGAUGACUCAGUACAAGUUCAAGGAGGAAGAAAUCCACCAGCUGAUAAAGUGCGGUGUCCUCAAUACACGUGAUGUGGGAAGUUGGUGGUUAUCCAUACCAGACCUAGGAAUCUUUAUCAAAAGUUUUCUCCGGGGGAGGAAGGCUGUGAUCACAAUGAUAAGAAAAUCAAAAUAUCGAGAAAUUUUACAACAAGAUUUGGAAACUCGCAAGCUGCCGAAGGUUGCCCGCCUCGGAAUGAUGUAUCACAUUCAUGAUAUCAUUGGGGCAGAUCUGGUUGAUUGGAUCUGUACAACAUCUGGGAGGCUGCUCCGUUUGACAGAGUGAGAUGAAUCCAUUUGAUAUCCUUGGAACAAUCAAGAACGAUAUUACUGCUCAACUCCAGUCGUUUCUUCUGUCGUUCAUAAAGUUGGAGUCGGCAUGUUCUGUUAAUGCAUGCAAUGAGAUGAUGUCCCUGUCGUGAACUCCUCCUCUGGCUGAUAUCUGUAAUGAAUGUGUAAAGUCUCCAUAUGUGCAUUUAUGGUUCACAAUCUUUUGUCUUUCAUUGUACUCGCAUUACUACAACACAUGUAAUAUACGACUGUGUUGAUAUUGGAAUGAGACAUGUCUGCUUAACUUUGAAAUGAAAGUCUGGCUAUUUUUAGUUGUCUUAUAAAUUGAGUAGUGUCAGGUUUUAUCUUAUUAAACUAGAACAUGAUAUCUGCAAGAUCUUGGAGCUGAUUUGACUUGAGGUGGCAGGUUUUUUGUUUACUACUACAUGUAAAGAUUCCAAUUCUUGCUGGACUCACCUGCCUAUGUUGGAUGCUUUUAGUCAAUUAUGAAGCAUUGUGUUUGCUGCUAAAAGUAAAUCUGGCAGAACUGAAAUUCAUGCAGUUGACAGAACUCAAAGUGGUUGUCAAAUGAUAAGUCAAUGCCCCCCCCCCCCCCCCGGUUCUGUGUGAAAUAUAGCAGAGAAGUGAAAGUAUCGUUAGUAAGUAAUAUUAAUUGGGAAAGAAUAUCAUAUCAUGUCAGUCAUGUUGACAAAUUAACAAUUUAUUGUAUUAUAAAUGGUGCUCACAUUAGAAUGAAUUGCAGCUACAAGGAGCUUCUUUCAGCUUGAAGGUUUUAUCAGUUGAGAAGAUGCUUAUGCGAAUUGUUUGUCCAUAAUAUCAGGUUUGUAUGUUUGGAUCAGUUCUAACUGGUUGUCUGUUGGAAGACCAACAUAUAUUAUGGGAUGACUUGAUCAUGUGAUUGCAAUUCAGACGGCUAAUGGUUACAGUCUCUACAUUCUCUUGACAUGUCACCCCUUGCUGCUAUAACCUUGACCUUUGUAAGAAGUGGAAAAUCAUGUGAUCGAGACAUCCCACAAUAAAAAUAGGAUUCCAAUUUUGUCAAACAAGUACCAGUCUACAAAAGCCGCAGUUGUUCACUUUUCUGGCAUUCAUGUAUGUUUUGAAAUGUUUUUUGUGUUGAGUGAUGUCUACACUCACAAUGGGUGAUAUGAAUAAAGAUUAGCGAAUGCUUUCACUUGUACAGGAAGGCCUAGUGUAAAUGUACAUGGAGUUUUAGAUAAAAGCAUUUACUAGUCUUUAUUCAUAUCACCAAAUGGAACUGAAUACCUCGAAGCACUACCAAAAAGACUUUUGUCUUGUCAGAUUUUCAGUAUGGGUCGUCUACCGUUGUUUUAAUAUGUGAUCGGCGAAUGUAGAUUGAACAACAAGGUAUACAACUGCCUACAUCUGUUAUCAUAAUAAGGGCUUUCAGGAUAAAUUUCUCAGGAUUACAUUAGUAGUAAUGGCACUCUGCCAUGGCUAGGAUAUUUGUCAAAAGAUCUUAAAUUGGAAACGCCAGCAGUUUUUGGACAGAGUCAACAAAAAUUGAUAUUGCAUGUUGUGUUGGGAAACUGAUUCUCCAUGGUGUUCCAUUACUGGACCAAGAUGCUGAUGUUCGAAUUGCUGUGUAUAAAAGGGGGUGUUAAGGCAGGAGCUUGGUGGUCAAAGGUGACCUGUAUGCACAGGGCUCGGAGUGGUGUUUGAUUCAGCGAUAAGGAUAUUUCUCAUACAAACGUAACCAUGAUCACUAUCACAUAGGAGAGACCCCUUUUGGCAACUUGGUGUAAUUAAUCGGGCCGACCUGGCUCCUGCCUGUAGUUAAUUGAUGUCCAUGAGGUGUUUUGCUCCUUAAUAGGUCUUAUUUUUGGCGUUAUAGAUGAAUGUACUGUUUUGUUUUUGAUGAAUUGAUGAAUUGAUUUAGCUACUAACCAUCACUUGAUGGAGAUGGAACAAUGAAGACAGGCACGACGUAAUCGUCUGUUACCACCUGACUAAGUAGGGACUUUGAAACUUGUCAUCAUACUCCAAGGAUGAGUGGAAUGGCAUUGCUUUCCAGCCAUAACUCAAGAUGGAACUGCAUGUGUAGGCGUGUAAAGUUAACAUGCAGGUCACAAAACUAUCAGUAUUAUAAUAAGUUUGGGAUUAUCUCAAGUUUCUGAAUUGCCAAAUUGUCCCUGUUGACAUGCUUGAUUCAUUCAUCUUGAGCAUGUCAAGGGGGACAAGUGGUCACAGAGAACCUUGAAGUUAUCCCCAACUGACAUUUUAAGUUACACCUACUUUUUAAUAGGAUUGUUAAAGGUAAACUUUGGGUUUAAUUCAUCGCUCCAGGUGAACUUCAUUUUUGUAUGACGUAGGUGUAGAAGAGCUGCAGUCCAAGUCGCAAAACUACUGUCUUGGAAUUAUGUUCAUUGUUUGGGGAGUUCAUAAUUUUGAAUGGAAAUUGUCGCUUUGUCAGUUUCGAAGUUAUGGCUUUCCCAAAGUGAUUUUUUGGUGUAGCAACUUUGAAUGGGAAAGUAUCAAAAGAAACUUGGAAGUUGGGGCUUCUCGACCUCAUAUAAGUUGAUAUUAUUAUUUUAAAGAAUGCCAGUUGCAUUCCUCCUUUGAAGAUACCAUUGAUGGUAUAAUUAUUUAGCUAGCGCCAGUUGCAUGCCACUUUGAGGGCUACUAUAGAUUGUAUAGUCAUUUGGUUGUGAAUGCUGUCUGUUCUGUUCAUGGACGUACUUGGGUAGUAUUGCUUUUGUUUUAUUUGGUCUUGUUAUUUGUUGGUGUGUAUCAGUUGACCCCCAUUCCUAAAUGUACAUAGUCAAUACUGUAAGGAAAUAAACAUCUAUUUAUUA